AUGCCAUCGAAGAAGUGCUGCAUUAUCAUCGAUAAUGCACCAAUCGAUAAUGCACCAUACCACAAUCUCACCAGAGAAAAACCUCCCACCACGUCUUCUAAGAAAGACGAGAUUGCUUUCUGGAUGAUGGAGCACAAUCUUCUGUUCAGCUCCAAGGCCACCAAACCUGAGCUUCUUUCUCUCGUGAAGAGCCACAUCGCGGCGAAUGGUGGUCGAGCAGCAUUUGUCGUUUACGAAGUCAACUCGUGGGCGGAAGAGUUGUACGGAGUGCGAAACCUCAGGCUUCCUCCGUACCAUUGUCACUGGAAUGCCAUCGAAUUUGUGUGGGCGGACCUCAAGUCACACCUUCGCAGAUUCGGUGACCCCAGUGACAAGCUCGAAAUUGUUAGAAAUCGUGCUCUCGAUUUCUUGCAAAACUACGACGGCAGCAAGGCAUCUUCAGUGAUCGAACACUGUCGACGAGACGAAAACGAUGUCCGACAGAUGCAGCACGAAAAAGACCAGAUGGUCGAUGAUGAGGAUUUCAGUCUUGUGUAUAAUGUGAACGAGAGCGUAGUUGAAGCAGACAUCGAAGAAGAUCUGUCAGAUUUGUCGAUGAAUAACGAGGAGUUGAACGCAGUGGAAGGCGAGAAUGAAGAAGCCAACUCGCUUGAAGAACCGAGCGGUGACGACUUUGAGAUGCUCUAA